AGUGGGGAUUGUGGUCUGCGAGGCAGCAGAGGGGGAUAGCAGCAUGGACAGAGACUGGGGCUCGAAGCCAGGGAGCGGUGGCGCCGCCUCCGCCCAGAAUGAAGCCAUCGACCGGAGGGAGCGUCUCAGAAGGCUUGCUCUCGAGACUAUUGAUCUCGCCAAAGAUCCCUAUUUCAUGCGUAAUCAUCUCGGAAGCUAUGAGUGUAAGCUUUGCCUGACAUUGCACAACAACGAGGGCUAUUAUUUGGCCCACACACACAAGGGAAGAGGCAUCAGACGAAUUUGGCCAAGAGAGCUGCUCGUGAGGCCAAAGAGGCGCCUGCGCAGCCACAGCCCCACAAGCGCAAAGUCUCCGUACGCAAGACAGAAUGCGGCUGAUUGACUCUAGGCAUAAGAGUGCUUACUCAUGGAAGGAAACCUUGUAACUCAUAUGAUUUGUCCAAAAAAAAAAUAACAGCAAAAUCAUUUGAAGAACUGGGAAGCUAGGGAUUGUCACUUGGC